GUGCCGGCCCCCCCCCACUCCUCCCUCCUAGGCGAGUGUCGGUGGCGGCGGCGGCGGCGGCGGCGAAGGCUGCCGAGAUUGGAAUCCGCCUGCUGGCGCUCGGCAAAGGAGGAGGGAGGAGGGCGGGCAGGAAGGUUCGGGCUGCGCCGCGUCCGUCCGCGCCAGACGAGAAUCGUACGGCCGCGCGAGGGGCGACCGGGCUGGGGCCGCUGCACGCCCAGGGCGGAGGCCGAGCCGGGCCCCCGCCUUGCCCCGGCGGCUCGCCGCGCCCACCCCGCUCCGCGCCGAGGGCUGCAGGAUGAGUUCCCCAGGGUUCGGAUACUUGAUCCUUGAAUGUGCCCAUUCACAAAUUCAUUUGCACUUCAGUUGAACAACCAUAAGCCAAAAUUUAUGAAAAUAUGCAUCAGUUUAAUACUGUCUUGGAAUUCAUGAGAUGGAAGCAUAGGUCAAAGCUGUUUGGAGAAAAUUGGAAGUACAGUUUUAUCUAGCCACAUCUCUGAGGAGUCAGGAGAAAGCAGUGGAAGUUGGAGUCAUUGUCAAGUGAUUGAGACCUUUUACCAGAAAAUCUCAUUGAAUGAAAGUCUUUUAAAUUAGUGACAUAACAAGACUAGUUAUUAAAGGUGACAGUGUACAGGGAACGUUAAAAUUGAACAAUGACUCAGCUGUAUAUUUACAUCACAUUAUUGGGAGCCUAUCUGUUCAUCAUUUCUCAUGUUCAAGGGCAGAAUCUAGACAGUAUGCUCCAUGGUACCGGGAUGAAAUCAGACUCCGACCAGAAAAAGUCAGAAAAUGGAGUAACCUUAGCACCAGAGGAUACCUUACCUUUUUUAAAGUGCUAUUGCUCAGGACACUGCCCAGAUGAUGCUAUUAACAACACAUGCAUAACUAAUGGGCAUUGCUUUGCCAUCAUAGAAGAAGAUGACCAGGGAGAAACCACACUGGCUUCAGGGUGUAUGAAAUAUGAAGGAUCUGAUUUUCAGUGCAAGGAUUCACCAAAAGCCCAGCUACGCCGGACAAUAGAAUGUUGUCGGACCAACUUAUGUAACCAGUAUUUACAACCUACACUGCCCCCUGUUGUUAUAGGUCCAUUUUUCGAUGGCAACAACAUUCGAUGGCUAGCUCUGCUCAUUUCUAUGGCUGUCUGCAUAAUUGCUAUGAUCAUCUUCUCCAGCUGCUUUUGUUACAAACAUUAUUGCAAGAGCAUCUCAAGCAGACGCCGUUACAAUCGUGACUUGGAACAGGAUGAAGCAUUUAUUCCAGUUGGGGAAUCAUUAAAAGACCUUAUUGACCAGUCACAAAGUUCUGGUAGUGGAUCUGGACUACCCUUAUUGGUUCAGCGAACUAUUGCCAAACAGAUUCAGAUGGUUCGGCAAGUUGGUAAAGGCCGAUAUGGAGAAGUGUGGAUGGGUAAAUGGCGUGGUGAGAAAGUGGCAGUCAAAGUGUUUUUUACCACUGAAGAAGCUAGCUGGUUUCGAGAAACGGAAAUCUAUCAAACUGUGCUAAUGCGCCAUGAAAACAUACUCGGUUUUAUAGCAGCAGAUAUUAAAGGUACAGGUUCCUGGACUCAGCUCUAUUUGAUUACCGAUUACCAUGAAAAUGGAUCUCUCUAUGAUUUCCUGAAAUGUGCUACACUAGACACCAGAGCCCUGCUUAAGCUGGCUUAUUCAGCUGCCUGUGGUCUGUGCCAUCUCCACACAGAAAUUUAUGGCACUCAAGGAAAGCCUGCAAUUGCUCAUCGCGACCUAAAGAGCAAAAACAUCCUCAUCAAGAAAAAUGGAAGUUGCUGUAUUGCUGACCUGGGCCUUGCUGUUAAAUUCAACAGUGAUACAAAUGAAGUUGAUGUACCUUUGAAUACUAGGGUGGGUACCAAACGCUACAUGGCUCCAGAAGUGCUAGAUGAAAGCCUGAAUAAAAACCAUUUCCAGCCCUACAUAAUGGCUGACAUCUAUAGCUUUGGCCUGAUUAUUUGGGAAAUGGCUCGUCGUUGUAUCACAGGAGGAAUUGUAGAAGAGUACCAAUUGCCAUACUAUAACAUGGUACCCAAUGAUCCAUCAUAUGAAGAUAUGCGUGAGGUUGUGUGUGUCAAACGUUUGCGGCCAAUUGUGUCUAAUCGAUGGAACAGUGAUGAAUGUCUACGAGCAGUUUUGAAGCUAAUGUCAGAAUGCUGGGCUCACAAUCCAGCCUCCAGACUUACAGCUCUGAGAAUCAAGAAGACACUUGCCAAGAUGGUUGAAUCUCAAGAUGUAAAGAUUUGACAGACAAAUAAUCAUGAGGAGAAAUUCUAGACUGCAAGAACUGUUUUCACCCAAGGAACGGGUGGAAUUAGAAUAAGGAUGUUAACUUGGUUCUCAGACUCUUUCCUCACUACACCUUCACAGGCUGCUAAUAUUAAACCUUUCAGUACUCUGUAGAAUACAAGCUGGGAACUUCUAAACACUUCAUUCUUUAUAUAUGGACAGCUUUAUUAUAAAUGUGGUUUUUGAUGCCUUUUUUUUAUUGGGUUUUUAUGAACUGCAUCAAGACUUCAAUCCUGAUUAAUGUCUCCAGUCAAACUCUGGGUGCUGAAUUACCUGUUCAUAAAAUGGUGCUUUCUGUGAAAGCCUUAAGAAGAUAAAUGAAUUCAGCAGAGAUGGAGAAAUAUACACUUUUACCUUCUUCCUGAGAAAAUUUAAUCUAUUUGUAUUCUACCUUUGUAAACAGCCUAUGGAUCAUGAUCUGUUUGGGAUACUGCUUAGUUUAUGAUAGUUUGUCAUGCCUUGAUAAUGGUGUGUGUGUAUGUGUCUGUGUACAUACAUGCAUACCAGAAUUCCUCUGCUGCCAUUUGAAUUAGAAGAAAAUAAUUUAUGAAUGCACAGGAAGAUAUUGGUGGCUGUUGGUUUUGUGCUUUAAAAAUGCAUUAUCUGACCAAGAUUUGCCAAUCACAUGAAAGCCAUUUACCUUGCAAGUGAGCUAGCUUCUCCACCAACUUUAUUUUUUAACAUUAAAGUUGAUAUAAAGGCCAAAAGGAGUUUAAAGUGUAUGUAAAUUUGGACUGUUUUCCUCCCACCACAAACUUUUUUUUUUGUAAUUAUUAUUUUUGUCAUGAAAAGCAUCCUAUCCAAAGUUGGAACUUCCAAUGCCAUGAACCUUCUAAAGAAAACACUUCUUAUUGAAGUGAAUACUAAUUACUGCAUUUGAUAGCAAUUUAAGUGCCUAUAACCAUGUUCUGUAUUCUUUAUUCUCAGUAACUUUUAAAAGGGAAGUUAUUUAUAUUUUGUGUGUAAUAUGCUUUACUUGCAAAACACCUGCUCCUUUACAACCAUAUUUUAUGUAUGUACAUACAUUCAUACUAUAGAAACCAGCUCAUGUGUACCUCAUAUACCAUCCUUAAGGGAAAAAAAAUUAAAAGAUCUUCAGAAAAAAAAAGUUGUAAAGUAGAACUACAUGUAAAUUUUCAGAAUUAAUUCAGAGUAGUAUAUCAAGUCUAGGACUUUGUUUAAAUAUCAAGAACUAACCAUAGGUAUAGACUUUCAUUAAGAUGCCAUCAUCUCAAUUCUCCUUUAUGAAAGGAUCCUCCAAUUAGAGAUUUCUGUCUCAGAGUUAAUAUACAUUUGUCAACAACUGUUUUAGACAUUUAAAUCAUUUGAGAUUUUUGGUUUUAUGAUUUCUGUUCCGUAGGUUUGUGAAGACAGUGAAGAAUCAGGCAAAAAGUUCAAUAUCUAGUCAGUACCUAUAUCUAUACCAUAUAGCUGUUAUUCAAUAAAAUGCUACAUAUUUUAUGGAUGCCCUGUUUCCCCAAGGAGUAAUUCUGAUCUACUUAAACUUACUAUACUUCUGUAAUGCCUUUUAAAUAUUAAUGUCUUAUUCUGAAGAAACAACUCAUGGGUGCAUGAAGUGAGACAGUUUUCUUGAAUAUAGCAUAAAAUAAAUGUGAUUAUAUCGCAACAUAGUUAAAAAAAUCUUUAAAGGGGAGGAAUCAGAGGAUGUAUCCAUCCAUUGCCAUAAAUGUGACUGACAUUUAAAGGAUGAAAUGCUUACAUAUUUGUCUAUACAUCAAUCACAAAUUUGAGACUUGCUUUAACAGUUUUGACCAAGUUUAAUAAUUUUCAUCUUACAUAACUCAAGCUUGAAGUGUUCAUCAAGAUAAGUAAAUUUAUAUAUUGAUAUUUAUAGUACCCAAUAACUUCCUGUUUGAGAAUGUUUUCCCCAUCUCUGUACUGAGAAAUACAGGUAUUUUAAUCUAAAUUUCCAAGUGAUUUAAGAAUACUUAUGGGCUCUAAUCUACUUAGUGUAAGGUUAACCUUGAUUUAUUUUUUAUUUGAUAAACUAUAAAUCUUGAAAAUAAUUUGUCGUCUUAAUAAAAAAAUGUAAGGAAAGGCAAAUUCUAUUCUUAGAAAUGUUAAAAUAGUAUGUGGAAGCAGACAAUUGCAGGUAAUAUAUAAGUACAAGAGCAUUAUGAUUUUUUUAAUUAAAUUGAUCUAUUAAAAGUGAUGUCAAGAAACUUGUUCAAUAAAAAUAUCUUCUAAUAUUACACGUUCUUUUAAAAGCAAAUGAUUCGGGCUUCCCUGGUGGCGCAGUGGUUGAGAGUCCACCUGCUGAUGCAGGGGACACGGGUUCGUGCCCCGGUCCGGGAAGAUCCCACAUGCCGCGGAGCGGCUAGGCCCGUGAGCCAUGGCCGCUGAGCCUGCGCAUUCGGAGCCUGUGCUCUGCAACGGGAGAGGCCACAACAGUGAGAAGACCGCGUACCGCAAAAAAAAAAAAAAAAAAGCAAAACGAAUGAUUCCAUUUUUGAAAUCCUAAAGUCGAAAAAAAGUUGCAUGAAAUCUAUUUUUUCUCUCCUUUUAUUCUUACUCUUAAAUUUCUAAGUUCAUAUUUAAAGAGUAAAAGAGGAAGUAUUACAUAGUACCAUAAAUAAUUUGUAAAACCCUGGAAGCCAUUAUUUGGUCCUGCUUACAACUUAGCAUCUUAAAACUGUGUAGCUUCUGUCUGUCAUCCCUUUAAAUAACUGAAAUAUCAAAACAAACAAAAAACCAAAACUACCUGAAUAUAACAGAAGUUAAUCCUCCCUCAAAGAAAAUUCUCCUUAUGAAUUCUCUUUAUACUGGUAAAUAUCAAUAUCUGUAGAAUUAAAGGCAUGCAUGCUAGGAAUUGGCUUCAGUGUGUCUAUUCUAAGCUUUCCCUGUGCUUUCUUAUUGGACAAGUUUCUGAAGCAUAAAAUUCAAAUCUGGUUUCUCUGGAAAUGUUUUCACAAAAGAUAUUUCAAUCAACAUUUUGUGUUGCCUUUCCAAUUUCAGGAGUGUUUUUGAGCUUAGAAAGUGACCUGUAGUUUUUGAAAAUUAUGUUUUCCUAGAAUGUGCCAGAUUUUUUAUUUAUUCACUCUAAAAAGUAUUCAGUACCUUUUUUCCCCAGAUGCUUUGCUUCUGUUUAGAACAAAAAUGCAAUACAGUGUUUAAAGAAUCAUGCAUCUCUAAGUUGGCCCAAGAUCAAAUUUGAUAUUGAAUAAUUUAUUCCAGGCAAGAUUGUAUAAAUUAAAUUAUUUAUUUUUCUUUUCAUACACGUUUUGAAAUGUUUCUGAAUAUCUAAAAUAAUUUCAACAGCAGAAAUACGAAUUGAUUUUUUUUUUAAGAUUGUUGCAGCUCUUGUACUGUUUAAAAGUGGUAAUAUUUAUUAUUUGCUUGGGUCAGAUGUUAAAAUAGCAGUGUAGCAGUUAUCUUCUUGCCUCAGUGCUAUUAUGAGGGUCACAGUGAAAACUGCAGAGAGCUGAUACAUUCAUAAAGAGCAGAUUAAAUCUAGGGCAGCAUCACAUGAAGCUAUGUGUAAUCAUCCUAUAAAGAAGGUAUGUGAAUACUGCUUUUGCAAAGGAUUAAAUAUAUUGUAAUUUUA